UGUCGCCUGGCGCCGCAAUCCCAUGAGCCAGGCCCCGCCCGGGAUCCUUGUCCCAUUCUGCUCCCGCCUCGCCGCCCGUCCCCGCGGGCUCGCCGGCGGCCGGGCCGCCGCCCUCGGUCGUCACGGACGAGACCGCCUCCAGCUCCAGGCUCCCGCGGCCACCGGCCAGCGCAAGCGCGGGCGGAGCCACCUCGCCUGGCCGCGCCGAGGGGCAGGCGUCGCGCCGGAGCCGCCCGCUCCCGCCCCGCUCUGCCGGUGCCGGCGGGAGUGCAGAUCCAUCCGGGCUCGGGUUCAUUUCCUCUGGUCCUGCCAAGAUUCUGCCAGUACAAAUGCCGAUCUGUAGCUGUGAAGAGACAAUCAAUGAGUUUGAGACAUUAACACGCGAUGCUGGACGCGUGCAGCAGGAUACACUAAGAAAGAUCCUUGAGUUGAACGCUGAUGCUGAAUAUCUGAACCACUAUGGCCUUAAUGGGAGGACGGAUGUAGAGAGCUACAAAUCCUGCAUCCCCCUGUGCGUUCACAGCGAUGUUGAGCCGUAUAUCCAAAGGAUUGCUGAUGGUGAUACCUCACCACUGCUCACUGGGAAGCCCGUCACUUCCCUGUCUCUCAGUUCUGGUACAACACAGGGAAAGCCCAAGUUCUUGCCAUUUAAUGAUGAAUUGCUUGAGACCACACUUCAAAUAUUCCAGACUUCUUAUGCAUUUAGGAACCGUGAAUAUCCCAUAGGCAAAGGAAAAGCCUUGCAGUUUAUCUAUGGUAGCAAGCAAGUGAUAACAAAAGGUGGCAUCCUCGCUACAACUGCAACAACAAACUUGUACCGGAGGCCACGUUACAAGGAAGGGAUGAAGGAUAUCCAGUCUCAGUGCUGCAGUCCUGAUGAAGUUGUUUUUGGCCCUGACUUCAACCAGUCCUUAUAUUGUCACUUGCUCUGUGGGUUAAUAUACUCUGACGAGGUCCAUCAGGUUUUCUCAACAUUUGCUCACAGCUUAGUCCAUGCAUUUCAAACAUUUGAGGAGGUUUGGGAAGAUUUAUGUGCUGACAUAAGAGAUGGUGUUCUAUCAAAGAAAGUUACAGUGCCAUCGAUUCGUGAAGCUGUUACGAAGAUUCUGAAGCCCAACCCUGAACUUGCUGAGUCAAUCCACAGGAAGUGUAUGGGCUUGAGCAACUGGUAUGGUGUAAUCCCAGCACUCUGGCCAAAUGCAAAGUAUGUCUACGGCAUCAUGACAGGAUCAAUGGAACCAUAUCUUAAGAAAUUAAGACAUUAUGCUGGCCACUUACCACUGAUAAGCGCAGACUACGGUGCAUCUGAGGGAUGGGUUGGCGCUAAUAUAAACCCCACACUGCCUCCUGAACAGGUGACAUAUGCUGUGCACCCUCAGACUGGUUAUUUCGAGUUCAUUCCUUUGGAGAAACCAAAAGGACAGGAGUUGGAGAACAGUGCAUCCAUUCAUUACAUAGAAUCAGAUCCAGUUGGCCUGACUGAAGUCAAGAUCGGCAAAAUCUAUGAAGUUGUAAUAACUACCUUUGGAGGUCUGUACCGGUACAGGCUAGGAGAUAUUGUGAAGGUAGCGGGCUUCCACAACUCAACACCUGAACUCCAGUUCAUCUGUCGCAGAAGCCUAGUCCUGAGCAUCAACAUCGACAAGAACACUGAGAAAGACCUCCAGCUGGCUGUUGAGGAGGCAGGAAAGCUCUUGGAAGCGGAGAAGCUGGAAAUUGUGGAUUUUACUAGCUUUGUGGAGAAGUCUAGUGACCCCGGUCGCUAUGUAAUCUUCUGGGAGCUGAGCUCUGAUGCGAACGAGGAUGUCUUACGAAGCUGUGCAAAUUGCUUGGAUCUAGCCUUCGUUGAUGCGGGCUACAUGGGUUCAAGGAAGAUUAGGACCAUUGGCCCCCUUGAGUUACGGAUUCUUAAGACGGGAACCUUCAAGGAGAUCCUAGAUUACUUCCUGAGCCUUGGUGGUGCUGUGAGUCAGUUCAAGACGCCUCGAUUCGUCAACCCGUUGAACAUCAAGGUACUGCAGAUACUAAGUAGGAACACCACCAAAAGUUACUUCAGUACCGCCUAUGGGCUCUGACAAAAAAAGGAAAUGCUACUAGUUGUUUCAUGUAAUUAUCUUUUCUUUCAUGUUCUGUUUUAGUCUUCAGACAAAGAAAACAAUCUGUUUUAGUCUCUUGCCAUAAUACUGCAUAUUCUAGUGCUGCUGGUGGCUAGAAUCUCUGUAAAUCCAUAUGCAGUUGUACCAAAAGGUAUCAUGAAAAAAGUGAAGUUGCUGCUGCCUGCCUGUUUCUGUU